UAGGAAAGAGAUAAUAUUUAGAGUGCUGUCGACGAAUAAUAGUAGGAUUUCUGUGAAACACUUUUAUAGUAAAGGAAUAGAGUAUGAGUGUGUUUAGAUUGAAUAGUUGUUGUUGCUGCAUCAACCUCGAUGUCGGCGCUAAGAUUACUGGAUUUGUAUGCGUGCUGUUUGCAGCUGCAUCAGUGACGCUGUUCGCGGUGCCGGCGCUGCUGCUGCCGCUGCCGCCGGCCACCAUGCUGUUCUACGGCGUCGCUGCCCUCACGUCUGCACUGCAGUUCAUCACUGGCUGCGCCAUGCUCUGCGGGCUCUUCCAAGAAUCUAGAGGCCUCUAUCUCCCGCCGCGCUCGGUAUAUCUUCUGAGAACAUUCUCAGAAGUUACCGAGAAAUUCUCAUGUGGAAAGUUUCGCAACUUUGGAAAGUUCUCGUGA